AAGGGCAGUCCGCGUUUGGACCAAUCAUAGCGUUUGUUAGUUCACUGGCCGCUCUUGGAGACUCAGUCGUUCCCAUAAACAAGUUGAAAGUAACAUGAACAGUUAGCUGUUCAUUGCAAUUUACAUGUAUUAUUUCAAUGAACUCGACUUAAAUCAAUGGAUAUCUAUACAGUUUCGCCAGAGGUUUGUGCUGUGGCGCGUCUUCACAACUUACAGCAGGGAAAGUGUGGUGUCUUCAUGUCUAUAUGAGCAGGAACCAUACAUCAGUUUGAGAUUUUUGUGUUGCAUGAUCAUUAACUAUGGCAGAUCGUAAAGUGCAAACGCUAAGCAGGAGCCCCACCAGGUUAGUAGAAACUAGAUACCAAGAUACCCAUUUGUUCUGUAGAUUUUGGCGAAAAAGAAAACUGCAGACUAAGCAAUCAUCAACAAUCAUGUGUGCAACAGCUACGGUAAUUCAAGAUUCCUUCCACAUACAUUAUAUUCGAAUAGUCUGGGACGAAUCAAGCCGAAAUAUCCCAGCUGGAAUGCUUAUUUUACUUCUGUAAAGACAGGGUCUCCUGCCGUUGAUUCUCUUCAAAGUCAUUUUCUUUCUCUCUUUCUUUCUAAUAUUGUUUGACCCCAAAAGUAAAGCAUCUACAUCUGUACACUGAAUUGGAAAUUACAAUGAGUUGGUACAGCUUGCCUUCUAAUUUUGGCAAUGGCUCUCUAGUACAGAAUGUAACAUUUGAACAACCUAAGUCAAUUUUUUUUUUCUGUGAACUUUCUAGGAAGUUUAUGCAGUCUACCUUUCCCUCUACAAUGGCAGAUAGCAUGUCAGGUGACGAGUUAUCCUUGCAUCUAGGGAGACAAGUGGCACUUCAGAAUGAGAAAUACAAAGAACCAGAGCCUGCAGUGGAGGAAGUAUAUAAUAACUACGAUUGAUUUUCGGACAAGGGGGGUGACAGCUCAUACAAAGGCUGUUUUGGGAGAAAAACAAGUUUAUUCCAGGAAUCUUAAGAUUUUGCCUGGAAUCGGGAAACCUGGGAAAUUUUCCGAGAAGGCUGAUGAGAUAUUUUGGGGACAUUGAGCUAAGAUGUAUUUUGAUCCAUUAAGUUAAGAUUUGAUGUUAUGUGUUUGGAAAAUAAAAAAUUUUACAUACCACUUAUUUCUAGUGUCAAAAUGGUGUCGGCUCUACUCUGUGCUCAAGAAACCACAACACUCAGCACUCAUGAUUUAGAAAAAGGGAUUUUCCAGUAAAUCUAGAAAAUUUUCUUACUUGUGGCCAGUUACUUCUUGUAAGACCCUUCCCAACUGCCGGGCAUAUACCCUCAGUGUGAAAAAAAAAAAAUUACAUUCUUGUAGUAAAAGAUAGGUCAUUCUGUCUGUUUUAACAUGAUACUGUCAAAAACCCUUGAUUACAGACUAUACAAAUACAACUCCUCUAAAGGGAAAAAUAACUAAAUAAUCAACAAGUGUCAAAUUGACUCUAAAGUAACAAUUUAGGGGAGUUUUUUCAUGGGCAUGCCAAAAGUAAAAAAUACCGAAAUACCAACAAAUUCAGGAGGGUCUGCCAAAUCUCUGGGAGGACUUACUGUAAAUUCAUAGGACUACCCAAACAAUGUUUGUUAGAGUUGUCAACCCCCAUAAAGACAGGCCAAUGAGCUUGCUACUGUUGACAAAUUAUAGAACAUCAAUUGGGACUGGUGGAGAGGUGGGUUCUCCCUGAUAAUUUAUUUAUGACAAUACCUGUAGAUAUUUUUGUUUGUUAUAUGGCUACAGUAGUAUGCGCACUCUGAUUGGCUGAUUCUUGUAAUGACCGGGAAUUACUAGCUAGAUGUCCAAGGCAUGUACAAUCUAUGUUAUUGAUAGUGGAGAUCCUUAUGGAUGACCAUGUUAUGGUCAAAAGACAGCAGUCAAAAAGGGCAUCCACUGACCUGUGUCACCUGCCUAUAUUGUAGGCUCAAGUAUAUAACUCAUUGAGGUGACCUGUUAUCCGCUGGCCAGGCCUCGGUCUGUGAUUUCCCUGUAAUGACCUCACUCUCGGUUAAUUUAGUAGCAUAUUAAACUACACUGUAUCUCCAAAAUGAUAUUGCUGUAACCUUUUUGCAGGUGUCCCCGAGUUUUUUCUUUCUAAUUGACUUGCUCACUUCACUGGUAAAAUUUUUAUGUCUGGUGAUCAGAGUGCAUGUAAUGUUAUGUGAUGCAUGUACUUCAUUGUGUUUCCUUUUUUGGUAGAAGAAAGAAAAAACAGUGAAAAGAAAGUUCAGUAAAUUCAAAAACCAGCAGUCCCAUCAUGGAGUGAUUCUGCAGGGAACUGAGCAGAUGCAUGUUAAGAAAAAGGAAACUGUCACAACUGCAGAUGAAGAUGAUGAUCUGGACGAGUAUGAAGAAGAAAAUUUGAAGAUGAUAAAAGAAAAGGUAGAAUGCCUUUGAUUAUAUUGUACUAUCAUGAAUUCUUAACUAUUCUGUCACAUUUUAUUGACUUAUUUGUGAAAUCUAUUAGGUGUGUUUUGUUUUGGUGAGAUGGGCGAACUUACUUUAAAUAAUUUAAUCUUACUGGAAAAAACUGAGUUUGGUAUUUUGGACAUUAAUAAUUAAAGAGGUGGGUAUGCAUGGAGUUUCAAACUAGAAAUAAACUUAAGAUAGAAUAAUUUAUAAUCAUACAUGUACUCAUGAUACACAUGUAAUUAUGAUAAUGAUAAUUAUUAUCAUAAUGAUGACAAUAAAAAACUAUGAGAAAUUUUAUAAGCUAGAAUGCAAUACGCUAUUGUAGAAUACAUUAUUAAGAACAGAUGGUACAUUAUUAAUAGAGCCAAAAAAAAAAGAAAGAAAGAAAGAAAGGCAUGUGACAACCAGAAGACUUCUAAACUUCAUAAACACUGAGUACAUGCCAGGACUUUAUUUGUCCAUCCAUUAAUUAUCAUCAAAAUUUCUCACUCAGGAACAUGACGAUUUGAUUAAGGGGCUUCUUUUAUUGCGUGAAUACUACAAGACUGAAUACAAGAAAGCAUUGCAGGAUAAAAUUGAGAAGCAAAAGAAGACCUUCCAACAAAGACAGGCUUAUUUGGAAGAGGAAGCUAAAUUGUCACAGGAACUAGAGGUAAUCAAAUGCAAUGUGCAGGUUAUUUCAAAGAGACUGCCUCCAGUUCUAUGUAUUUUCCCGUUAGAAAUAAAUAUUAAACAAAAAACAAGUGAUGAAGGCAAAAUUAUUGCUUUGCAGCAAGAGGUGCGGCACAAAGUUUCUCAUAAGCUUCCAAGAUCGUUUGUACUUAAUGAUAGCCAAUUCAAGAGUGGAAUACAAACUGACCUAAACAAGGUAAGUAUAAAAAUUGGUUAUGGUGAUUGCUAUAAAAUGAAAAAUGAAUGAUUUCUGUCUCUCCCAUAAUCUGUUGAUUUGCACUCUGAUAAAAGGAAAGUGCUCAAAAUGCCUGUCUUACGGUUUUUUAAAUUGGUGCUAAAUCACACCAUUCUAUCGACUUGAUAAAACUAAAAACAUUAUUUUUCUGCCUUUCCCUACCCUGUGUACUAGUCAUUUUUGUUUAUUUCUAGUAAAGCAGCAAGAAAGAAGCAAGGGAGAUGUGCGAGGGAAAGAAAAAAGAAACAAAAUGAAAGCAAAAUCAAACAAAACAAAAACAAAAACAAUACUAGUCUCAGCAUUGCUUGACUCAGGACCAAGCAGCUGUGAAGGAGACUAAAAAAAUACAAGAGGUUAAAGGCGGGGGAUAUGGGGCGUUGGCCAAUCAACUACAUGUAGAACAAUAUUUUGUGGGAAAAGAGAACUUUUCUUGUGGGACAAAAGCAGGAAAUCCUGAGCAGGCAAGAUUGAGCCAUCUUUCCCACUUGCAGAACCAGCCAAAUAAUUAAAGAUAACAUUCCGGCCCUAUCCAAAAGUCACCGGACAGUCCGUAUUUGUUUAGUUUGUCAGACAUUUUAAAUACGCAAAGCACAUUUACAACAAUGGUGUCUUAGAAAUAAUUAUGUGCUCUUCGUCUCUCAGAUUAUUGGUCUUGAAAGCAAACUAAAGAAGGAAGGAUUUCUUAAGAAAAGUCAUGAAGUGAAAGAGUUUUGGGACUUUAUUACUGUACCUGAAAAUCUGCAGAGCGUUUUAGAACAAGGUACAUGAACGUGUUCUGUAGAUUUUGAGUGAGCCUGCUAAAAAUUGCCAAGUUAUAUUAUUUAGAAGAAUUCAUUUAACCAUCUCCAGCCUGCAGCAUCAAACAUGUUUUACCUUCUCCACCAACAUUGUAGGUCGGAGGGAAGAUACUCCCUAUAAUGGCCUAUACAGGAAGGCUCCGCCCCGAAAGGGGCACAUUUUUCAUGCUUCAGAGAUAUGUAUGGGAAGUAAUUUAACUUGUUGAAGUAUAUAAAAAUGUGGGGAAAUCUGUCAUUUCGUUGUGUUAAAAGACUCAAAAAAGCUAACAGAUGCAUUUAAUUUUUAUUGCUGAGAAAAUGUCAAGAAAAUGUUCUGGUUUGAAAGACAUUGCAUUUGCAGCGGUUGAAAGGAGUGCAAAGUUCUAAACUAGGUAUUUGAAAGGGGUACCAUUUGUCAAUAGAAGCUAUAUGAAAGGGUUACCUUUCUGUCAAAAUGGUAUAUACCGGUACAUGUACAACAUGUAAAAGGAUAAGGGGUUGGCCCUCGGGGCAGAGCAACCAUGUAUAAAAUCUUUUUGAACCAUUGUAUAAAACAUAUGCAUUUUUGACCAACCUUGAGGUCAAAUGGCAGGAUAUUGCCCAAGUGCAAUGUAAAAAAUGCGAAAAAAGAACCAGGCCAAUAUUCGAUAUCCAGCACUGAACAAGCUUGGUUAAUUAAGGAUUUAUUUUGUCCAAAACGAAAACGUUUUCUUGCGGCCAACGCCCAAUCAGAACACAGGAUUUGUCCCAUAUUUGUCAAGUACAUAUGUACUUCUUUCACUUAAGCCUAGUACUUCCUUGCCUCAAGUUAUCUUAAACCUUCCAUAUGUUUUUAUUGUGCAACUUUUUGCUAUCCACGUUAGGAGUCGGAUUAUCUCCAAAUAGCUUCCUUUUAAAAUGCUGGAGAACUAAAUUACGGCCAUUAUACGGACUUUUUUGAAGUCGUGAUUUAAACGAUCUUGUGCUACAUGUAGAGCCUAGCCUCUUGACUAUUGCUCGUUCUAGAAUUUGUGGAGGAUAUUCCAGCUCUUUCAGAAACUGUUAUGAAGAAUUUUAAAAUAAUUUUUGGUUUAGCAUUUGGACUCCAAAUAAUGAUAUGAGGCUAACUUUGUUGGAGCGUAAUUAAAGUAUAAAAAAUGAGCUGAAGUCUAUCCGCGUGUUCUCCUGUGUGUGGGAUAGUACAUGUAAGUUUAAACAAUCUGUUUGGUUGAUACAGGCGAGCUUACCUGGGAGACAAUUAAAAGGUACCACAAGGAACACAGUAAGGCUGUAUUAGCUGGUCAAGUAGAAAUAACACAACCGAAGCGCGAGGUAAAAACGAAGAGACUUCCGAAGGGAGCAGCAUCGUCAUGGAGGAGUGCAACACACGGCAUCAGAACAAUACUCACUGUAAGUAUUCGUUGGCAUACUGUAAUAAGAAUCGAGUCACGAGUUUUUAGACUUCAACUGUACCCGUAAAAGACACUUUUUUCCUAUUCAAGCACGUUUGGGUCCAAUGUCGUUCCGCCCAACGUUCGGAAUUUAUUUGACCAACUCGUGUUAGAAACCCAUAGUUAUUAGAAAGAUUAAGAGUCACGCUUACGGCAAAAGGCUAGCCUGUAUACAGACGUUGCUUUAUUUUCUGUUUGAUACUCGGCGAGCGCGCAAGAAAGAAAGGCGCGCUCGGUGGACUUUUAAGAGAAAAUAGAGGGUCUGUGAACAGGCUAGCGAAAGGCAGACGUAAGAUUCAACUUGAGAAAUUCUCAUAAUAGAAAAUGAUCUCUCAGACAGAUAAAAACAGCCCUAAACUAUCUUCAGUAUGGAUAAAACAGGCGUGAAUCUACCGAUAUCCUUGUAAUUAUAAUAAACAGUAAAAGACAAGUAAAGGGAAAACUUGGUCACUUGGUACAAAUUCACGUUUGCCGUUUUCCGCAAGAGUGACUCUCAAUCUCUCCAUUCACUAGUCACCGAACGUGUAGUUUUUUCGAAACUAGGACGGUAAUUAAAGCUCGCACUACUCCUAAAAGCUUCUUAUAUGUUUUGAUGUUUUCAUUCAUUUAGGCUGCACUCGCUUUCGCUUUUAGCUCGCCGUUUUUGUUUGUUGUUGUUUUUUUUUUUACACGUCCCUAGCCCUUCUUGAAAGGCUCCGUAGCUCGGUUUUUGGGCAAGUCUAAUUACUGCAUAAAUAAACCUGUUUAGUCAUCUUUUUUUUCUUUUUACGGACUGAGACGAAGAGUGACACUCUAUCUCGUUCGUCUGAUCAACACUUUUCGCAGUCACAAUUGAAAGUACAGGGGUCGUCACUGCAAACUUAAGUCUGUGUAUUUAUUCAUUUCUCAUUUUCAAUUUUUAAGCCUUCUAUUCCCUCUGAUGCUGGCCGCAAGUCAAGUUCCUUUGCAUCGAGCGGUAAGAGUAGAUCAAAGAAGACUCCGCCCUCGUCAGCAAUUCCUAUAGAACAACGAUUUCCCAAAGUGAGUAGUUACCGCAGUUGGAUUGUGUUAACUACUUAAGAAUGGGGCUACUUUAAGGUCUAUAUAGGUUUUAUUCUAAGAAUACAGUUAUUUCACAUUAACGAAAAAAGAGAGUGUGGCUCGUUACUUCUUCUUUUGUUUGUUUGUUUGCUUUUUUUUUCAAGAAGCAGGCUAGUAAGUAAAAUUAUAUCUAUCGUUAUCAUAAACUAAAUUUAAUUCUGAGGGUAUAAAUUGGGCGGAGUCGCAAAGCAACAGGGACCAAUACUGGGUACGUUUUCUCCCAACGCGAUCGUUACAAGGUCCGCGUAAUGUCAUCUCAAAACCGAAUUACUUCAUUUUUAUGUCGCGAUUCAACCGCUUUUCCCAACAAAACAGAACACAACUUUGUUGCGGGCGCUGAUAAGGAGAUAUGCAAGGUUUCAAAGUACGUAAUUUUUACGCUUAUAAUGUUAGAAUUUAAUUGAAUAAAUAAUGUUUUGAUUCUGAAUAUUUGGUAAUUCAUAAUUUUUUUAAGGUUGAGUUUCCACCGUUAGCAGCUUACAGAUUGGAGUUUGGCGAGAAAGAACCAGACCCUGAAGAAGUAAGGAGUUGUUUAUUAUCUUUGUUUUGUCUUGGUAAGUUUGUUCAAAAAAAACACUUAGCUACUUCACUGCCCUCCGUCUCCUGCUCUGGGUCCUGUUUUAGCGUCUCACAGUUGGUAAACGCACGUACACUUUCUUAUAUAUUUAUCCACAGUUCAAAAUAUGAUUCAUUUCAUGUAUUUUGAUUCAUGUCAUUUCCACAAUCGGGUAUAUUACGAACUCACAAUGGGUUGCUCUCCAGUUGGUUUGAUUAGCUCAAUGAAUGGAGCGUUGCAUCCGGUCAUCGCAAUGGUCUGUGUUCGAUUCCCAGUCAACCGUUCAGGUUGUUGAUUCUACUGCGAAUAUCAUGUUGACUUUCCUACACAACAAUGUCGGUACUAACGUUGGAACACGUUGCCUCUUAAAAGGUCAGGAAGCAGGAAGAAGCGUUUAAGAGGCUGGAAGCAAGGAAUGGUCUAAAAAGAACUCUCAACACGAUGUUCUCGCACGCGUUGGCUAACAAGGCUGCCACUCACCGGUAAGACCAUGACUUGUUCUUAGGUUACAGUACCGCUCAAAAGUAAGUUAAAAGUCACUCGCGUCUCGAUGCUUGAGACUCGAUUCUCGACUCUCGAAACUCUCGCGUCUCGAGAGUCGAGUCUCGAGUAAGUUCACACCCUGAUUAUACUUUGCGCUGGCACGAUAGGGCUUCUGUUCUGACGGUUCUUUUGGCGCGAUUUCUUUAAAGGUGCAAAGCUACGCCGCGCCGAUCUCUAAAGUGAAGAGUCACAUAAAAACCUAUCCGGUAUGAGAACACACCUAUCCGAUAUUCACCAGAUCAAAUCUAAUUAAAGAUUUAUAGGGUUUUACAUUUGCCGUACAUUUCUCUGCGCACUGAUCUAAAAAAGCCACCGAUAAGUACAGUUAUAUUGCUGUCAUGCCGAAAAAAUUCUUUUGAAUUAUUCUUUCUUUCGUCAAAAUGAAUUCCAAAGAAUGUGAGAUCUUAAACCUUAUCUUGAAUUCUCCCACGACGAAGCUGGAGUUCUGUGUAGCUCAACUUACCCUGGUCCAUUUAAAUAUUGAAAACGGGGACAGUUUUUUUUCUUUUUCUUUUUGUUUUACUUUUCUUUUUCAAAAAAGAAAAGAAAAGAGAGAAAAGCUCAGCCUAUUUCUAUUAGCCCAUGUGCGCAGCCGUAUUUGUCUCGUCAAAAGGAGUGGGAAGGGGCUGUGUGGGAGACUCAGCCUGUUCCAAGUGUUUAUCUACUGAGGAACAGCGCGUUAUGUAAAGCCUUUUCUUCCUGCGCCGUUUUUACUUAAUAAACCAAGCUACGCAUGUCCUUCCAUGCCGUUACCUACAAUCUGAACGCCUGGAACAGGGUAUUCACUCCUCUAUUAUCGACUCAAAUAGAAAUUUCUAAUUUCUCACAAUUGUGUGUAUUUUGAUUCGUGCAGGCUCAUGGAGAAAAAUGAAGACUAUAAUUUCGAAAGCCUCUCUGGAAUAGCCAAUUUUGAAGAGGUAAUUCAAACUAAACUAACUGAGUGAUUGAUGUUAUAUAUUCGCAACAAACGACAGCUAGCUCGCAAAAACAGCUGACUCUUCUCGCUCCUCGCCGUGGCGAAACGUCCCUAUAGCGGCGAGGAGCAAAGACAGACGGCUUUUUUCGCAAAUUAAACGACAACCGUUGUUAAUGCCAUACAAUUUGCACCACGUGCACAGUUAGGCCCGUUUCAAACGUCGUGCCUACUGCCGUGCCGAACUCAAUCGAUCGAGUUAAAUUCGACUUUAGCCGGGCAACCCUUUUCCGUGCUACACGGCAGUAGCUCGACUUGGUUUCAAACGUCGUGCUACCGCCGCGCCGAACUCAAUUCAUGAAUUAUAAAUACAUUAGAAUAUAUUUAAAAGUUUGCUAAACCGUUUCUUUAUUUUUGUGUUUUGUUUUUGGCAACAGCCGUUCCAUUCGACUGUCAUUGUGUGAAUUAAAUUCGACGUCUGAAACCAAGCCGUGCUAAUGUCGUGCUGCAGUCGAGCUACAGUCGAGCCAGCUUAGCACGGCAGUAGCACGACGUUUGAAACAGGCCUUAGUAAAAGCUAGUGGAGGAAGGGAAAGACCAGUAGAAUUAAAUAAACAAAACAAAACAAAAGAAAAAUGAAAAAACGUCGUAUUUUGAACUCCUCGUUUGGUGAUAAUGCUAAUGUUUUCAUGCUUGGACGUUUUUCUUCGCUGGUGAGUGCUCAGUUCCUUUUAGUCAGAUAGGCUCGUGUUUUAGUGUAUUGUUCUUCAUGGUCUGUUACUGAUUUCAACAUAUUCGUCUUCAUAUUUGCUGUGUCUUGUUUUGUUGUGGUAGAUUCACGAACUAGCCAGUGUGAAACUUAAACCAAGCGCGGGAAGCGCCAGCAAGAAACCACAAUCAAGAAAGUCAAGUGGCAAAAGUACAGGUAAAUUUUGUACCGGAUUUUCCAGUCUGACUAGGUUACGGCUAUUUCGAGGAAGGUUGUCGGAAAAAAUGUGCACGCGACAAUCCCGAAAGGUAAUAUGGGAUAUGCGCAAUACAAUGUUCCUGACACUGUAGCUGUCGAACCUACUUUUUUUGCUUUCCUUUAGCACUCAAAGACUUACGUCCAUGGCCUCUCCUGCCAUUCUUUCAAAUUUCUUUAAAAAAAAAACGGUGAACUCAAAACCACCCACAAGACCUUUCGGGGUUGUCGCGUGCACUUUAUCCGACAACAUUUCUCAAAAUAGCUGUAUGCAGGCGUAUUGCCUCCACAGAUUCCCUUUAUGAACUGAGUAUUUGACAAUUGGAUCCGUCAGUUGUUGCCAUAGCCUGGGAAAGCAGCUAACAUUUUGCGACCCCACCAUUGGUUUCCCCGCGAAAAGAGCAAAUUUCCCACGCGGCAGGACCAAUCAGAAGCGUUACCCAGAUCUGGGUAGCGACACGUCAUUAGUAUGGAAUUUCUGCGCUCGUUUGUCAGAAAUCAUUUCGCGUGGAAACUAGUGGUGGUGUCGCGAAAUGUUGGCUGUUUUCUCAAGCUUCUUUUGAAUAUCAGUUUCACGACUUGAGCAAGUGAUGGGUAUCACACAUGGAUGGUUCAUUGUAGCGAUUCCCUGCUAGCAGAGGUCUCUCACGGACAGAGAAGAAGGAGAUGAGAUAGAGAGACCUCUCGCGGCCUCCAUACGUUUUUUAUCACGCAUCCACUUGCGUUCCCUUGAGAACUGGUGACGUUUCAGUCACGUGCGAUACAACUUGCAGAACCGGUUUGCGUGAUAACAACUUUCAUUAGGGCACGCACAUUCCACCUUAAACGAAACCAGUUUUGAAAACCAGGAAGUUUCGACCACAAACGUGGUCGGUGGCUACAUGAAAGGAUGCGUCUGAGGCCGGCAGAGGUCUGUCUCUUUCCUAUCAUUUUUCUCUUGCCUUGAGAGACCUUUGUUAGCAGAGAAUGGUAGUGGAUCAUGUGGAACAGAGGAAAAGGAAACCGGGUUAUCUGGCUAACAACUGAUUCGAGGUACACAAAGGAAAUCACUAAAUUGUCUUUUCCAAUGAUUAGAUGGAAAAUCGCCCGCCAAGAGCCGGAGUGUAUGCAGUAGAAAAACUAAUACACCAGAGAAUGAUACCACAGACAGAAGCGAAUCCAAUAUAUCUCUCUCCUCAAAGGAAGAGUAAGUAAAUGCUGUCGGGGGAAAGAAUAAGACUCUUUUAAAUUAGUAUAGAGCAGCUGAGUGCAGAAUAUUGGGUACACUAGAAUACCGAUUUUCCGAACCACCUUGGGACAAGUAAAUUUGUUCGAAUUAUUUUAGACUGCAAAACAGUCCAUAUUUUUCCGUAUUCAAGUACGCGCGAGCAGUCAAACAAAUGGUCUGGGCGAGGCUGACGGGCGCGUGAGGCUCGCGCGCUUCGCGCGUGUGAGACUCUUACGCUACACUAAACCGAUUUUGAGAAACAAGCCGAAUUUUUUCCCAGUCUAGAAUUAUUCUAGUGAAAGCUUGAAAAAUCCUGGGUAAAAUUACAAUGUUUAGCUGGUGAAGGGACUUAGAUUUGGUUUGAAUCGUCGGGAAUUUCGAUAAGCCGACUGGUCAAGAAAUCGAGAUUCUAAUAUGUGCUACAAGUAAAACACUCCGUGGACAAUUUAGAUUAGGGAUUUCCGAUGGAAUCUUUGGAACCUAGCACACAAAUUAAGCAUCCUACUGAUGAAUCACUGAUAAACAGUUGCAAUUUUAUACAUAUUUUCUGCAACAACAAUUUCUCAUCUGUCCCGUUCGGAUUUUUACUUUUCACCAGUCUUACAAUCCAAAUCCCAUCAUGCGAAUAUGCUUUUAUAUAAUUGUCAACAUUCUUAAAAGUUUGUCACAUGAACCUAGUUUAGCGGCCCUAGUUCCCAUGAGUCUCCUGUAGCCCAGUUUUAGUUAACUCCUUUAAGUACUCCUUUUUUGUGAGAAUCGUCAAAGACUGGUACAGUUUGCCAAAUCAUCUCUUCACUGACGAAAUUAACGUUAACAAAUUUAAAAAAGGCUUAAAAAGAUGGGUGAAGAUUUAUUGACACAGUAGCUCAUAUUUCAAUUGUAUAUAUUUUCAUUUUAAAAAUCAUUCUUACUAUACCAUUUUGUACUUGCACUUAUGAUUUUUGCGCGCGUUUUUUAUAAUUUGUUAAAUAUUUUAAAGUUCAGUUAGGGAACCGUUUCUCGCGGUCCACCUUUUCAAAUAUGUAUCGUAUAUCAUUUUUAUUUGCAUAUAAGUAUUUGAAUAAAGUAUUAUUAUUAUAGUACAUCUUGACUUGUAACCCGCAGAAGUUCAUAGUUUCGACUAUUUCUGUAAAAACUCGGAUUUUAUUUGUUUAUUUAUUUGUUUUUAUUUAUUAUCUAUUUUUAAGCGCCUUCCACUGACUUAAGAAACAUUAUUUUCUUAUCCGUGUUUCUUUUCAGCUUAGUAGUUGAACUUCCACCUCUGACGCUGAACCAACUGGCCAAAGAUUGUGAUGUCAAGGUACUGAAACCUAAAAAAGAAUUACUUAUAGCUGUCCAUAUUCAUAAUGAGCAGAUAGCAUAUCUGGAUCAUUGACUCAGUGCUUACAGAAAAUAAAGAAAAAGUCACAAGCCAGACCUUAGCCUGCGUAACAGGUGGCAGUUUUGAGAGGGCGAAGGGGGAAAUUUCGAGGACACGCGCGCGGCUAGCAAGACCUGAAAGAAAAAACAGACCUUUACCAUUUCUGCACAUAAGAAACAUCAGAAACAGCGCUUGAAUAGGUCCAGAAGAUGUAUAACUAUUAAAGUGUUGUGCUUGCCUUUGUUAAUUUUUCUACGACGAGUUAACCAAGCAUAGGCUUUUUGAAACACGAACAAUUAACCUGUGUGUCCUCUUGAGACAUAAGUGGCCUUUUAUUAGCAGCAAAUCUAAUGUCUAGUGUUCUUUUUACUUUUUUUCUCAGGAAUCCAAGUGUCUUAGCACGUUUUGGGUUAACCCUGUAGCAAAACGGACCUUAAACAGCUACGAAGAUUGGAAAUCAGCGCCGAUUGUUUCGUAGUCCUUUUCUUAGACGGAGAAAAACUCUAAGGAGCCGGCGCUGCUGUGCGUUCCUUAUAAAUGUUCCGAAAGAUACUGCGAUAAGCCAGAGGAAAAUAAAGCGUUUUAUGCGUCCAUACCGAUACAACUUGGAAAGUUCAGAGAAAGACGCCCGGAGAAAACACACUUUACUUAGUACAGAGCUGUUGUUGAUUCAGUCCGUUUGUCCUCACCUCUGAUAACAAGCACCAGGCUGCUUUUUAACACCAAGGUUCAUUGCGAUGGCUCUUUGAUUGAAGCUAACAAUCUCCCUUCUCAAGUCUUAUUCAAGUUGUGAUGCCAUUCUACUCUUUAAUUUACUUCACAUCUUAAACAUUUUUUUUCCUUCGGGAGCGACCAUUUGCCCGUCCAAUCCGGCACUGGUAAUAUUUAUCCAAUAUUUUAUAUAUUGUCGUAAUGAGAAUUUGAACUGGCCAGUCUUAAAGAGUUCAAAAUCUCCGGGAGAUGAUGAAGUUAUGAAUUGAUCUCGUUAGCGCUAAAUAUAAAUUAUUUCAAAUGCCACAGAAGGAAUAAAACAAUUGCAUCCCCC